CUCGUGCUGCUCAGCGCUCCUCGGGCAGUUACUCUGCUGUUAAUGUGUCAGGCACCACCUGCAGGUUACUCUCCACAACAGCGUUCUCUGCAGUGUGAUGGCAGGUUGGAUUAUAAAGACACACUCAGCCCUGCAGACAACUUAACCUGCACUAGUGCAACUGUAACUGUCUGUCAGGAAUAUGGACCCAUACUCCAACAACGAGAGGAAAAACACCUCCCGGACCAGUUCACCUGAGGCUCCUUCCCUCUAGUUACUGCAGUAUCGUCCCGCGGAUGGGAUUCAGCAGCUGCCUGUUAACUCUCUGACAAAUGUUUGCUGAAACUGUCCGCCUGAAGAAGCACUAAAAAGACAGGAAGAGGAGAAAGCUUGGUGUUGGCCUGGUGAGACAUCUGGGUGUCUGUGGUUGGAUCUGUAAUCAUGGGGAAGGAGCAGGAUCUGUUGGUGGCCGUGAAGAGUGGAGAUCUUCUCGUGGCGCACAAACUUCUCUCCAAAGUCAAGUGCAACAAAAACAAGCUCCUGGGCUCCACCAAGAGACUCAACAUCAACUACCAGGACUCAGACGGCUUCUCAGCGCUGCACCAUGCCGCUCUGACGGGCACCACAGAACUGUUGUCUCUGCUGCUGGAGGCCCAGGCCACAGUGGAUAUCAAGGACAUCAAUGGCAUGCGUCCUCUCCACUACGCAGCGUGGCAGGGCAAAGCAGACUCUGUGUUGUUACUGCUGAGAGCCGGAGCUGCAGUCAACUCCCCUUCUCUUGAUGGACAGAUACCGUUACAUCUCUCGGCUCAGUACGGGCACUACGAGGUGUCUGAGAUGUUGCUGCAGCAUCAGUCUAACCCCUGUCUGAUGAACAAGGCCAAGAAGACGCCGCUGGAUCUGGCCUGUGAGUUUGGGAGACUGAAGGUGGCUCAGUUGCUGCUGAGCAGUAACAUGGUGGCAGCGCUGUUAGAAGGGGAGGGAGGAGACGACAACAUGGACGGUCCAUCCCUCACACCUCUCCACCUGGCAGCCAGGAACGGACACAAAGACAUCAUCAAGUUGCUGCUCAAAGCCGGGAUUGACAUCAACAGAAGCACUAAAGCGGGGACGUCUCUGCACGAGGCUGCCCUCUAUGGAAAGACCGAAGUCGUGCGAUUGUUGCUUGAUGCGGGCAUCAAUGUGAACAUACGCAACACGUACAACCAGACAGCUCUGGACAUCGUCAACCAGUUCACCACCUCCAGCGCCAGCAGGGAAAUCAAACAGCUGCUCAGAGAAGCAUCCUGUUCUCUGCAGGUCAGAGCGGUGAAGGAUUACUGGAACCUCCACGACCCGACUGCUCUUAACCUCAGGGCUGGAGAACUUGUUAUGGUCCUGGAGCAGCACUCAGACGGCCGCUGGAAGGGUCACAUCCAUGACACCCAGCGGGGGACUGACCGGGUGGGCUUCUUCCCCCCCUCAGUGGUGGAGGUCCUCAGCAGACGAGCAGGGGGCACUCUCACCCGCCAAGCUUCAAAACCUCGCCAGCGACAGCACUUUGCAUCCAGAGCUCCUUCCUCAAGCAACAGUCCCGCCCCUCAGUCUGAAGACUCACUUGGCUAUGAUCCCACAGGUGCUUCUUUCGACAGUCAGCUCCCAGCCCCAGCUAGUCCUGCUAGCCCCACUCAGGACGUUUGGGUCCUCAGGAGCUCGCCCAGCGGUGACAGAAACAGUGUUGGCAGCUCGGGCAGUGUGGGCAGCAGCCGCAGCGCCGGCAGCGGUCAGAGCUCGGAGAGCGGACACAAACAGAACGGGACUCAAAAUCGGCAUAACGCUGAAAACGGCAAGAUGGCACCCUCUGCUGGUGAUUUAGGAGAACAUCGCCACACUUUGGGAACGGAGCAAAGCAAACAGGCAGAUGGAAGUACAGGUGGUUCCCGUCGGCAGGUAAACGGCACUCCUCAGAAAGGCUUUGUGAGGCCGGAGCACCUCCUGGAGGGCAAGGACGCUGAGGCCAUCUAUCAGUGGCUGUGUGAGUUCCAGCUGGAGCAGUACACGUCCAACUUCAUCAACUCAGGAUACGAUGUUCCCACCAUCAGCAGGAUGACCCCUGAGGACCUCACAGCCAUCGGAGUGACAAAACCGGGACACCGGAAGAAGAUUUCGAUGGAGAUCGGCAAGCUGAGCAUCCCUGAGUGGCUGCCUGAUUACAUUCCUUCUGACCUGGGAGAGUGGUUAAGUGUGAUUGGACUUCCUCAGUACCAGAAGAGAUUGAGUGAAAAUGGAUAUGACUCCAUCACCAUCGUCAAAGACAUCACCUGGGAGGACCUGCAGGAGAUCGGCAUCACCAAACUGGGCCAUCAAAAGAAGCUAAUGUUAGCUGUGAAGAGGCUCUGUGACCUGCAGCGCUCUCGUAACAAUGCCGACAGGGCCGGAGGCGGGACUCUCAGACGGAAGCCCCCAGGUGCUCUGGAGUUGGUGGCCAUCGAACACACACCGACACACAUAGUGCACACUCACAGUCGCUCUGACGCUCCUUCUGAGGACUGUUGCCCCUCCCCUCGCACACCAAGGACACUCCUCUCCUUCCAGGACAGCGAGUUGAGCGCCGAGCUGCAGAGCGCCAUGAUGGGCAGGGCGGGAGGUGGAACUGCAGAGGCAUUCUGCAUCAGGGGUGUGACCUCCGCUGCAGCCAUGUCGGUCAGUCAGGAGAGCAUUAGCAUGCGGUCACGGGGAUCUGGGAAUUCUGGGAAUUCCGGGAACUCAAAUUCAGGAUACCCUCAAGAUCACCAAGCAGCACCGUCAGCGCGGACGUGCAGCCAAUCGCAGGAGAGUCUGGGGAGCGGUGCCGGAGAGGAGGCCAAACGUGGAAGAAGUAGUCCUGGAGGGAGAAGUAGACAGAGACCGAUAGAGAUGUGGGAGCAGCAGAGUCGAUCUGCUACACCCAACAAACUCCCCUUCUCCCCCCUGACUCCUCCUCUCACCCCCAGCAAGAUGCCCCGUUUCGCCUACCCGGCUGUCCCCCCCAAGGCCAAACACUUCCAGUCUCCGAGCCGCCUCUAUCAGCCUCAGCAGCAUCCCCCCUCGUCACCGUCCCCGCUGCCCUCCCCCACACAGAAGACAUUCAGUUACCUCCAGGCCCAGACAGGAGGAGUCAACGGGGGUCAGUGGGUGCUCUCCAAACCUCUGCCUGGAGCCGUCCCUGUGCUAGGACCCCGACCAGGUCAGGUCCCCGCUGAUGCUGCCCAGAGGGGCCCGCACAAGAAGCGUGCACAAAGCCUGACUCGCUACGCUCUGUCCGACGGCGAGCCAGACGAAGACGACGACCUCGCUCCCCAAAACACCUCCUCUUCCUCUGCAGUGAUGCCCUCUUACGCCACUCUGUCACGCAGGCCAGGACGCGGCCACACCAGCGCCACAGGAGCCCAACGCCACAUCAACCGCAGCCACUCGUUCGCUGUGAGAUCCAGACGUAAAGGCCCUCCUCCUCCGCCACCAAAAAGGAUGAGCUCUGUGAGCGGCAGUCCGGCACGCCAACCAGGAAAUGGGAAAGUUACGGAGGCUGAGGUGAAGGGAGGGGUGGAGACGGAGAGCACGGGCAGCGUCAGGAGCAUCGCAGCGCGGCUGGAGGGGAGCGGCAGCGGCGGCGGCAGUCCAUCCAGGAGGAUGGAUAUUCCACCAACAAAUGUCCCCAGUUCACCUGUUUUCAGCCCAGUUUCCUCUCCCAUUCCACAUGUUAUGACUGCUCAUAUGAUCCUACAGAACUCCAAACCCGUCCCUGCGCUCGGAGUGGGGGGUCUGAGGAGGACAGGAAGCGAGAGGACAGAGGAAGAGAAAGUGAGGAAAAGUGAAAGGAUGUCUAAAAGCGCCACACCAUCUCCAAAACACCUCGCUGUCGAGCGCCUCCCGUUCGCAGAAGAAGGAAACCGCACCAUCAAACAGAGACCCAGGACAACAUCCAUCAACCAAUCAGACGCUGAAGUCAAGACUCCUCCAGAGGGUCAGCUCCAGACCCCGAGCAGCCUGGAGCUCCCAGAGUUUAACCUUAAAGAGUCGGACACGGUGAAAAGACGACACAAACCCAAAGACUCGCUGUCGCCCGACGAGGCCACGCCCCCCCACAGAGACGACAACCACCCGCACAUCAGGAGCCUCCACCCACGGAGCGACGUCAGUCCGCAGAGCGACGAUGAAUCUCAGAGGCCGGGGAGGAUGUUCCAGAGAGCAGGAUCCAUGGGAAAAGGUCCAAAGCCUCCAGUCUCCUCAAAACCUUCCAGUCCUUUCAAACAAACCCCAAACAGCAGACCAGCAACCCCCCAGAAAAUACCACAAACUAAUGCACCCACAGCCAUUCCUCAACUUACCAGUGUUCAGAUUCACACCGUCUCCCCGAAGCUGGGCGGCAGCGUUCACACACACACAGGUAUAACCAGUCCAAACCUCGGAAAACACUCACAGACAGCGACCCCGAAACCAGAGAGUCUACAGAAAGGUUCAGGUCUUUCAGUGAGACUUCCUCCGUCCGGCUUGGCGUCAGCAGCAGGAACAAACCUCCCCGUGGUCCAGUGUGUCGUGUUCCCCUCUCCGUCCUCCCCGGCUGCAGCACAUUCGUACCCAAACUCUGCAGGGAGAGCGGGGACUCCUCUGACCGGUGUGGCCGGUCUGGAGGUUCUGGCUCAGAAGAGACUGGAGCAGACCAGUACGUCACUGGAGGCCGCUCUGAAAGUGGUGGAGAACAGACUGGCACAGGGGAGCAGUGUGGACGGCGGUGGCAACACGGUGAAGGCGGCGGGGAAUAUCCUGGACGACAUCGGCAGCAUGUUUGACGACCUGGCCGACCAGCUGGACGCCAUGUUGGAUUAACUUUCCCCUCACAGGGUCCAAGUUCUUUCAUCAAGAGGGGCAAAGCCAUUAAAAAAAAAAAAAAAAAAAAAAAGUUAUAAAAUCCAGCGAACAGGAGGUGACAGUGAACAUUUGAUGCUGCUGUGAACGACGAGACGAGGCGGCGUCUUUGACUCUGGAUGAAUCGAUGCGUUUACAUCUGAGGAUUUCCUGCACGUCUUCUCCUCGGUGUUACAAAAGUUUUUCAACGCAGCACUUCGCCUCAGGACGCACACCUGGGUAUGUUAUUGGAGCUACAACACAGACGCUGAGAGAUCAUCUUCCAGAUGUGUGUGUGUGACUGUGCGUGUGUGUAUGAGUGUGUAUGUGCGUGUGUCUGUGUGUGACUGUGCGUGUGUGUAUGAGUGUGUAUGUGUGUGUGUGUGUGCGUGUCUGUGUUUGUGUGUCUGUGAGUGUGUGUGCGACUGUGUCUGUCUGUGUGACUGUGUGUUUCUGUUUGUGUGUGAGUGAGUGUGUGUGUGUGUGUGCCUGUUGUUAUGAGUGUGUCUGUGUCUGUCUGUGCGUGUGAGUGUGACUGUGUGUGUGUGUCUGUGUUUGUGUGUAUGAGUAUGUGUGUGUGUGUGUGCCUGUGUCUGUUGUUGUGAGUGUGUCUGCGUGUGUUUGUGCGUUUGUGUGACUGUGUGAGUGUGACUGUUUGUGUGUAUAUUGUCACUAAAGGGAAUAAGGGUCCAUUAAAUUCACACGUUACAUGUACAUGAGUCUCUCUGUGUGGUCAGAUAUCUUUUUACUGAAACUAUUUAUAAAUAUGUUUUUUAACAAAGUGAGUUUAUGAUAUUUCUGUCUGCUAAAUAUUUUGCUGCAUUGUUUAUAACAUGGAGAAAGUUUAUUAUUAUUUGUUUUAUUAAAGGCAGAGUAUUCCACGUGUAUGUACGAGAUCUGAUUUGACGUUUUUCCCAAAGUUUUUUAUUCUCAGGACGCACAAAGACAAGCGGAACGUUCUGUAAACGUUACAGUCAGUAAACAGUAAACAUGUUUGUACGUAUUUCUACGGUGGCUGACAAAGGCAAUCAACCUGCAACAACUAUUACGGUUUUACACAGCAGUAUGUAGCGCUGACACCUUGUGUUGAAAAUGGGUACUGCAGCCCAAAUUCAAAACAUCAGAGAGCUGUCUCGAAGUUCGAGCUGUUGCAGGGCGGUCGCCUCUUGUCGGGCCAUCAUCUAUAUUCCUCCUCUUUCUAAGUUUAAAGGUUUGACGUCUCGCUGCGGGGUGUCAGAAAUGAAUUUACUGUUACUGUACGUGUUUUGUGUCCAAAGAGCAGGAGAUGAUUCUAACAUUUCAGAAAAGUUUCUCAGAUUAUUGUCAAGGUGACUGAACUCUGUGAGCGGUUGUUUACUGUAAAUAAAAGAGAAGUGUUUCUACAGAUUUUA